AUGAUUAUAGAUAUGAGUGAAGAGCAAGAAUCAAAGAAGACGUCUGGCGACUCGUCUGGCGAACAGAAGUCCGGAGCGAACGGCGAACGCUCCGGCAGCCCGUGUGUGGGCAGUGGCGCCAACGAGAAUGGCGCCGAGCGUGAUCGCGACGACGUUUGCCGCGAUUUCCUUAAGAACAUAUGCAAUCGCGGCUCACGCUGCAAAUUCUACCAUCCCUCUGACAGCAAGCAGCGCACUGAAGAUAUGAUCAAUUUCUGCAUCGACUUCCAGAAUCGCGGCUGUAUGCGCGACAACUGCCGCUUUGUGCAUGCGUCGCGCGAGGAAGUGGAGCGCUACAAGCACACGCGCGAGGUGACGCUGCCGCUAGCGCGGGCGAUCGCGGCGGUAUCGCAGGGCGACACGAUCGCCGGCAUCCCUGUCUGCAAGGAGUUUCAGUCCGGCAAGUGCGCUCGCGGCGCGCAGCGAUGUCGCUAUUGGCACGUGAACGUAGAGGAGGAGCGCGAACGACGACUGCGUGGCCUUCCCCCGUCUGGCGGGCCGCUCGGAAGAUAUGGUGGUCCGCCUGGUGGUCGAUACAGUGGUGGGCCGCCAGGUGGUCCAUUGUACGGCCUACCGCCUCUGGGUAUGCGUCGAUCCGGGCCACCGCUUGACGGUCCGUACGAGAAGAGAUCGCGAAUGGAGGAGAGUCGUGUAACUGAGUUAGAACGUAAGAACGCAGAACUUUCAAAAGAAGUGGAAACGUUGAAGAGAGAAUUGCAGCGUGAGCAUGAGCGCUAUGAGGAUUUGUACGCGCUUUUCCGCCAACAAAGUGGUGGCGCAGGUGCAGCUGCCUCGAAAUCCGCUGCGCAAGGCUAUGGCGGAGUGGGCGGCUAUGGCAACUGGAAUGCCGGCGGUGGUUGGCAGUAG